CUCGUGUGUCAAAGUGAUGUGGGCGGGGCUUCAUAAUCACGUACCAAGAUGGCGGCAGCCACUGUGCUCAGCUUGGACAGUUUACCGUCCGACCCUUUGCUAUUGAUUCUGUCGUUUCUUGACUUCAGAGAUUUGGUCAGUUGCAGUCUUGUAAGCCGGCGCCUGAAUGAGCUGACAGGUCAUAACCCUUUAUGGAAGAGGCUUUGCCAGAAGCACUGGCUUCUCACAGAAGCCGAUAAGGGGCAGAGAGGGCAGAGCUGGCGGGAAUUGUUCCAUGACUUUUACGCUGACCUUGGUCGCUACAUAGAUUACUACAGCACACUGAAGAAAGCCUGGGAUGACCUGAAGUCCUACCUGGGCCAGAAAUGCCCACGAAUGAUUGCCUCCCUCAAAGAGGGCGCAAAAGAGGAAGAACUGGAUGCGAUUGAAGCCCAAAUCGGCUGCAAGCUCCCCAACGACUACCGCUGUUCCUACAGGAUACAUAAUGGACAGAAAUUGGUGGUGCCGGGGUUGAUGGGCAGCAUGGCCUUGUCCAAUCACUAUCGCUCAGAGGACCUGUUGGACAUUGAGACAGCAGCGGGGGGAUUCCAGCAGAGGAAGGGCAUGAGGCAGUGUCUUCCCCUCACCUUCUGCUUUCACACAGGACUGAGUCAGUACAUGGCCUUAGAAAGCACAGAGGGACGCACGCGCAGCGAGAUCUUCUACCAUUGUCCGGAUCAACUAGCACAAGAUCCGUCUGCUAUUGAUAUGUUCAUCACAGGGUCCAACUUUACUGAGUGGUUUACCUCAUACGUUCAGAACGUGGUGACCGGAGAAUACCCCAUCAUCCGGGACCAGAUAUUCAAGUACAUCCAUGAUAAGAAGUGUGUGGCCACCACUGAUAACAUAACCGUCUCAGUCUCCACUUCUUUCCUGCCUGAGCUCAGCUCUGUCCACCCACCACACUUCUUCUUCACAUACAGAAUCAGGAUUGAGAUGGCGAAGUCAGCACUGCCCGAGAGCGCGUGCCAGUUGGAUAGUCGCUACUGGAAAAUCACCAAUGCGAAUGGGAAUGUGGAGGAGGUCCAAGGUCCUGGUGUUGUGGGGGAGUUCCCAGUGAUGACCCCUGGUAAAGUUCAUGAGUAUGCCAGCUGCACAACAUUCUCCACUACCUCUGAGUACAUGGAGGGCCACUACACCUUUCAUAGGCUCAAAAACAAAGGGGAGGUCUUUGACGUCUCCAUCCCAAGAUUCCACAUGGUGUGCCCGCCCUUCCGUGAGUCCAUGGUGCGCUCGAGCUCUGUGAGAGAGGCACCCAUUGCUGUCUUCAACAAUGAUAAUGACUCAGACACAGAUAACUAUGAGGAUGGAGAGCUGCAUGGUAUGAACAUGGCUGAUCCUGGAGGGCGCUGUCCUCGUCACAUCUGACACAUACAUAUUCUCUCUCUCUCUCUCUCUCUCUCUCUCUCUCUCACUCACACACACACACACACAUAUACAUGCAUGCAUCAGUCCAAGGGCAAAGGAGAGCAAUGCUUAGAUAAUUGUUUACUAUACAAAGGCUUUGUGUCUGUCCUCCCAUGAACUUUACUCCCCUCUUGUCUCUCUCACACACAGUAAGUUUGUGUUUUAUAUGCCUUCAGUAUUAGUAUCAUCCAAGAACUUUAUACUGAACCAAAAAUGCAGAGAAUGCUUUUCAUACUCAGUCCAGGGGUCUCACAGUAUAAUAUUCUGUAAGAGGUGUUGUUUUAAGCAUUUAAAUCCUUGAUCAGAUCAAAAUUCUAAAAUUAAAUUGGAUGUCUGUGUUUUUUUUUUUUUGUGUGUUAUCAGUCAGUGAAUCAGAUGGUAGUAGGGGAAAGACAUGAUCAGUGAGAACAUCAGUUGAAAUUAUCCAGUGAUUGCACACUGACCGAAGUGACAGUCCUAACCAGGCACAUCUCCCCACCACCACCAAGAUUUCAAGGGGGAAGAACACACACACACACACACACACACACACACACACAGUUGAACUGGACUAGACUUCUUGUUUAUAGAACUUUUCUGUAUGUCUAUUUACCCUUGAGUAUUUACACACUGGAACUUUUUUUUUCUCUCAUGUCCCACACACACACAUACACACACACACACACACACACACACACACCCCAUUGGUAAAUCAUCUCUAAGAGAAGACAACAUUAGUCACUACUUCACAUAAAGGAUUAUAAGAUUCUGAUUAUUGCUAGUAAUAAAUUUUAUGUUUCUUCUUCUUUUUGUUGUAAAACUAUGGAGUGCAAUAGGAUUUUCAAGUUCAGUACACUCUUAUUUGUAAAUGUGGGUUUUUUAUGUUUGGGUAAAUAAACAUAAAACUAUGAACAUUA